AAAGUAGGAAGGAUGGAUCCACAGGCAUCACAAGGCCAAGAAUUCACCUUGAACAAAGAGACUAUCACAUGGCACAGGUAUGGACAGGUGCAGCCACUUGCUGUGUGUAAUGACCACUGCCAUCCAGGCUACAGAAGAAAAAAGAAGGAGGGGAAGCCAUUUUGUUGCUAUGAUUGUGUUCCAUGCCCAGAUGGGAUGAUUUCAAUUCAACAUGACAUGGAUGAUUGCUUCAAAUGCCAAAGAGAUCAAUUUCCAAACAAGGACAAAGAUCUAUGCCUUCCCAAGAUCCUAAAUUUCCUCUCUUUCUCAGAACCUUUGGGGAUCACUUUAGCAUUCUUGGGUCUGUCUUUUUCUCUGAUCACAGUUUUGGUGUUUGGAGUCUUCACUAAGCAUCAGAACACGCCCAUUGUCAAAGCCAACAAUCGGGACCUCACCUACUCUCUGCUCAUCUGCCUUUUUCUCUGCUUCCUCUGCUCUUUGCUUUUCAUUGGCCGGCCUCACACAGCGACCUGUUAUUUACGGCAAACUUCAUUUGGCAUCAUCUUUUCGGUUGCUGUUUCCUGUAUUUUGGCAAAAACCAUCACUGUAGUUCUGGCGUUCAUGGCCACCAAACCAGGAUCCAGGUUGAGGAAAUGGGUUGGGACAAGAUUGGCUAUCUCUAUUCUUUUUGGUUGCUCCUUUAUUCAAGCCAAUAUUUGUGCUAUAUGGCUCUUUACUACUCCACCAUUCCCAGAUUUUGACAUGCACUCACUGGCUGACCAAAUAGUUGUAGAAUGCAAUGAAGGAUCAGUUACAGCAUUUUAUUGUGUCCUGAGUUACCUGGGAUUUCUGGCCUUUGUCAGCUUCAGUGUGGCUUUCCAGGCCAGGAAGUUGCCAGACAGCUUCAAUGAAGCUAAAUUCAUCACAUUCAGCAUGUUGGUGUUUUGCAGUGUUUGGUUGUCCUUUGUUCCUUCUUACCUGAGCACUAAAGGAAAGCAUAUGGUGGCUGUGGAAAUCUUUUCUAUUCUGGCCUCUAGUGCUGGGUUGCUGGGUUGUAUCUUUUUACCUAAAUGCUACAUAAUUAUCCUGAAGCCUGACUUGAACAGCAAAGACCAGCUAAUUAGAAGAAAUUAUUAA